GUAAACAAGAACGGCGAAAGUCGCUGUAUGUCUACGAAAUAGCGCUUCCCAUGGACACUACGUAACCACUUACGGGCCAGUACUUUUACCGAGGCUGAAAUAAACGACUGCGAUGCCGUAUGACUGAAUAAUCACCCGCAAACGCAAAGUAAUGCAGCACAGAACACGAAAGUCACCUGUAUCUUAAAAACAUGUAGAUGAUUUAGAGAGGGAUGUCUAUUUUGCGAUGGAUGGUGAGAGGAGUGGCCCAUUUUGGGUCAAGACACAUCCCUCAUUGUAGUGACUCUCUGUCACUCAGUUGGACUGCUGGUCAUGUGCGCUGUGCAUCUAACCAUUGGCUGUUGAAGCAGACAUGUCUUUGUGGCACUGUUCACCCCCAUCACUGUUACCAGACUACACAACAGUAUUAUCACCAUAGAUGGCCCUCCAGACUGUGCCAAAAGUCACAGCUGUUGUCAGAUAUUCACAAAUUCUAUAGAGCCAGUGUUUCCACAAAAUCAAGUGUAGCCAUUGAUAAAAAUACAGGUGAUCAAAAUAAAAAUACCCAACCCACCUUAGCAGCGGACCUUAGCCUGGAUUACGGGUUAAAGCCAACUCUCCCCCAGAGAAUAGUGUUGAAGUGUCCAAAAACAUUACGUGCAUAUCUUCAAUUAAUGCGAUUUGAUAGACCCAUUGGUUCCUGGCUUUUGUUUUGGCCUUGUGGGUGGAGCAUUGUGUUAGCAGCAACUCCAGGAAAUCUUCCAGAUUUCAAGAUGUUAGCACUCUUUGCGCUUGGGGCCAUUGUGAUGCGAGGAGCAGGGUGUACCAUCAACGACAUGUGGGACAAAGAUUAUGAUGGAAAGGUUGCAAGAACGGCAGGUCGUCCACUUGCAAGUGGUGCCUUGAGCAUGCUCGAUGCUCUGGUAUUUUUAGGCACACAACUCAGUAUAGGCUGUCUUAUUCUCCUCCAACUGAACUUCUAUUCAAUACUCCUUGGUGCCAGUUCAUUAGGCCUCAUAGUUCUAUACCCUCUUAUGAAACGUGUAACGUACUGGCCUCAACUGAUGCUGGGCUUCACGUUCAAUUGGGGCGCUCUCCUCGGGUGGUCAGCAAUUCAUGGAUUUUGUGACUGGAGUAUAUGCCUCCCACUAUAUGCUGCUGGUGUCUCAUGGACACUUAUAUAUGACACAAUAUAUGCUCAUCAGGUGAGAACUUUGGACAUCAACAACCCAAGUGAUUGCGGAGACAAAUUUCGAGCAAACCGACACAUAGGAUUGUUGUUAUUCUUGGGUAUGAUUGGUGGAACUUUACUUAAAAAUACAGAUUUAAAAGAUAUAUUAGACAUUUCUAUUUUCAAUAAAUCAUAGCAUAGAAUUUUUUUAAAACAGAAAACCCGGUUUUAUUGUAAAAUAUAUUGACAAAAUCUUCCUGUAUAAAGGUUUGGCACGUGAUUAAAGUUUUUCGUCUAGUCAUCUGGCAUUGUGCCAUGUUAAAUGAAUUGGUAGUGACAUACUUUCAUGAGUGUACAGGUUUUUUCUUUUCUGUAAAUAAAUUUUUGGAGUAAAA